AUGGGUGGCGGCGGCGACCUGAGGAGCAAGAGCUCCUUUCCUCUCCUUGCCCAGAAGCCCGUGGGCGUACCCAAAACAAGCAUUCUCAAGAGUCGCAUCGAGCCGUUCUACAAGCCGGGUCAGUACGAAAAAGUCAACCUGCUUGCCAACCUGUACAAUGCCAGGUUCUCGGGCAAGCCGCACGUCAAGCUCUUUUCCUGGAGCGCACCGGGCCAGGAGCGGCCCCGCUUCGAGGAUGCCGUCUCCCAAGAGUUCAAGGAAACGAGCACGGGCGCCUCCUUCGGCCCGUCGUGGACCACGCACUGGUUCAGGGUGCACCUGACGGUGCCGAAGGAGGCACUUGACGAGGAACUCGUCGUCCUCGAGUGGGAUGCAAACAACGAGGGCUUGGUCUGGGCCGACGAUGGCAUGCCUCUGCAAGGCCUCACCGGCGGCGGCGAACGCACCGAGUGGAUCGUGCCCAAGUCCUUCCGCGACGGCAAGGAGCACGUCAUCUACGUCGAGAUGGCCUGCAACGGCAUGUUUGGAAAUGCGCCCAACGGAAGGUCCAGCAUUGCGCCCCCCGACCCCAACAGAUACUUCACCCUCGGCACCGCCACCAUCGCCGCCGUGAACCUGCCGGCCCGCAUGCUUCACUUCGACAUGUGGGAGCUCGGCGAUGCCGCCCGCGAGCUCCCCGAGGACUCGGCCGAGCAGAACCAAGCCCUCUCCGUCGCCAUGAGGAUCAUCAACACGUUCCAAGUCAACGACCAAAACUCCAUUCUCCAAUGCCGGAAGAUCGCCCAGGAGGUUCUCGGACCCGACGUCGACUCGCACCGAGUAUACGAUACGGGAAAGGACCCUGUCGUCUUCGGCAUCGGCCACUGCCACAUCGACACCUGCUGGCUGUGGCCCUGGGCGGAGACCAAGCGCAAGGUCUGCCGGUCUUGGUCGAGCCAGUGCGACCUAAUGGACCGCUACCCCGAGGCUCACUUUGCCUGCUCCCAGGCCCAGCAGUUCAAGUGGCUCAAGCAGCAUUACCCCAGUGCCUUCGCCCGCGUCAAGAGCAAGGUCAACGCCGGCCAGUUUCACCCCAUUGGCGGCAGCUGGGUCGAGCACGACACGAACAUGCCGAGUGGCGAAUCUCUCGUCCGCCAGUUCUUUUACGGUCAGAGGUUCUUCGAGGCCGAGUUUGGCACCCGCUGCCGUACCUUCUGGCUGCCGGACACCUUCGGGUACUCGAGCCAGCUGCCCCAGCUCUGCCGUCUGGCCGGCAUGGACCGCUUCAUGACCCAGAAGCUGAGCUGGAACAACAUCAAUACAUUUCCCCACACCACCUUCAUGUGGGUGAGCCCCGACGGCAGCCAAGUCCUCUGCCACAUGCCCCCCUCGGAAACGUACACGGCCGAAGCCAAUUUUGGCGACCUGAAGCGGAGCAUCACGGGGCACAAGACGAUGCGCGUCGACAAGUCUUCCCUCUUGGUCUACGGAAAGGGUGACGGCGGCGGCGGCCCGACCUGGCAGCACUUCGAGAAGCUUCGACGCUGCGCCGGUAUUAGCAACACCCUCGGCGGCAUCCCGAAGCUCAAGUUGGGUCUCACCGUCGACGACUUCUUCGAUCGCAUAUCCCCCAAGGCCCACGAGUUCCCAACUUGGUACGGCGAGCUCUAUUUUGAACUCCACCGAGGCACCUACACCACCCAGGCCAACAACAAGUACUUUAACCGAAAAGCCGAGUUCAUGCUCCGCAGUAUUGAGCAGCUGGCUGCUGUCGCAUCCAUCAAGAACAAGUCGUACAAGUACCCCACAAAGGACAUCGACACCAUGUGGGAGAACGUGCUGCUUUGCCAGUUUCACGACUGUCUGCCGGGAAGCUCCAUCGAAAUGUGCUACGACGACUCGAAUAAGCUCUACGACGAACUUUUCAAAACCGGACAAAAGCUUCUAGACGACCUUUACAAGUCACUCGGCACUGCCGACGUGCGAACCGAGUAUUUCAACCAACCCGUCGCUCUCAACACGUUGCCGUGGCAUAGAAAGGAGAUAGUCGAGGUCUCCGAUGACGAGGUCGGUAUUGCUUGCGGCGAUGGUCAACUGCUCCCUCUCCGUACUUUCAAGGUGAACAAGGACAAGCCGGCCGUGUCUGUGACCCAGACGCAUGGCGAAUUCGUUCUGGAGAAUGACCAGCUCCGAGUCGUUGUCCAGGAGGGAUGCAUCACCUCCCUCUACGAUCGCAUCAACGAUCGCGAGGUCAUCGAGAAGGGGGGUAAGGCCAACAAAUUCGUCAUCUUUGAUGACAUCCCACUCUUCUGGGAGGCUUGGGACGUGGAGGUGUACCAUCUGCAGACUCAGCGCAACCUGCGUUACGGCGCAACUAGAAUUCACGAGUCCAAGCCUCACAAGGUCACGUUGGUCACGGACAUUAAGAUCAGCGACGAUAGCAAUCUGAGGUCGUACAUAAGCUUGUCGGCAGCGAUCAAGGGCCAGCCCUCCCAGGUCAACUGCCUCGCAGAGGUGGAGUGGCAUGAGAAUUCCAAGUUCCUCAAGGUCGAAUUUCCCGUUGAAAUCGUCAACAAUGAAGCUUCGUACGAGACGGCAUUCAGCAUCACCAAGAGACCUACCCACUACAACACGAGCUGGGACAUGGCAAAGUUUGAAGUUUGCUGCCACAAGUUCGCCGACCUGUCUGAGCACAACUACGGCGUGUCUAUCCUGAACGAUUCCAAGUACGGCUUUGCCACCGCCGGCAAGACGAUGCGCCUGUCCUUGCUCCGAUCCCCGAAGGCUCCUGAUGCGCACGCUGACAUGGGCCAUCAUUCGAUUCGCUGGGCCAUCUUCCCUCACAAGGGAUCCCUGUCAUCAGCUACAGUCAAGGCCGCGUACGCGUUCAACAAUCCGUUGAAGCUACUUUGUGCUCCCAGUACCACGGUCGAAUCGCUCCAUUGUGCGCCCAUCAAGUUAAUCAACAACGAUGAGUCCGAUUCGCUUAUCCUCGACACGGUCAAGCGCGGCCAUGAUGACGAGGACGUCACCCGGCUCGAGGGCUUGCGUGUGAACAAGGGCCAGAGCAUCAUCCUUCGUGUGUACGAGUCUCUUGGCGGCCAUAGCAGAGGUACGAUCGAGACACAGUUCAACGUCAGACGAGUGAGCAAGACGAAUGUUCUCGAAGAUGAAAUGGAGGAGAUUAAGACUGCCGACGGGCAAUUCGCCAUCCAUCUCCGGCCGUUUGAGGUGGCCACGUACAAGCUUCAGCUAUAG